GGGCUGCAGAGUUGUGGACUGAGGGUUCUCUGGCACCAUGUGUAGGACUGUGCUGCUGUCUCUCGCCCUCUUUGCUGCCCUCUAUCUCACGGACGGGGCGCUGCAGGCCAGAAAGGCACAGAAGACUAAGAGCUCCCGUAAUCCGGCAACUGUUGCCGCGGAUGCAACUGUUGCCGUGGAUGCACCUGCUGCGCGUGGCGGAGUCCCCGUUCCAGGGCGCAGCAGAGGGCGUGGCAGGGGGAAAUGUGUGGUCGAUGGUCUGUCUCACCAGGAGGGGGCGCUGUGGUCUCCUCAACCCUGCUCAGUGUGUCUCUGUGAGAGAGGAGCCGUCACCUGUGAACCUCUUCCCUGUUCCAACACAGCCAGACGCCGGAAUUCGUCUCCGGGUCACAGGGACAGGAUGUCGCCUGGACGUUCGACCAGGAGGGCGUGGAACCCCUCCAGAUUCAGACCCCUGGCUCAGGCGCUGUCGGCCGCGAGGCGCGUAACGAGAGCGUUCAGGGAGGCGGAGGAGGAGGAGGAGAGCCCGUCUUUUAUAGAGGGAGGGGGGCGAGAAAAUGAGACGAUGGCGAAGGAGGGGAAGUUUAACAGGGACAGGAAUGAGCUUGUGGGGGAUGGCAAUGAUUCUGAAGAUGAAGAUGAGGAUGAGGAUGAUGGUGAUGAUGAUGAUGAUGAUGAUGAUGAUGUUGAUGAUGACAAGGAUGACGACGACGAUGACGAUGAUGAAGACGACAAUGACGAUGAUGAUGAUGAUGAUGAUGAUGGUGAGGAGGCGUUGGUUGUGGAGGGAGGUGGCGAAGACGGGGCGGGCAGUCACCCCGCUGCUGGAGCUCACUCCUUAGCUCCGCCCGCUGAGGGGCGGGGCCUGACAGAGUCCAUGCCCAUUGGCUGUCUGCUGUCGGAGUCCGUAAUCGCCUGCAGGAAGGCCGGCCUGACGCACAUGCCCAUCCUCACAGACCCCAACAUCAGAGUGCUCUACCUGUCAAAGAACAAGAUCCGGCACGUCCCCCCCGAGAGCCUGGCUGGCCUCCCCAACCUGGAGUGGCUGGACCUCAGUGAGAACAAGCUGACUGACUCUUCACUGAGCCCAGACCUGUUCAACCGGCUGACGAAGCUGACGAGGCUGAACCUGGAUGGGAACAGCCUGACCAAAAUACCCGCUCUGCCCCCAUCCCUGGAGGAGCUCAAAAUGAACGACAACAAAAUCGUUGCUUUGACGCCACAAAGCUUUGCAGGUCAGUCACGGCUGCUGAGGCUGGAGCUGGAGGAUAAUCGGCUGCUGGAGGGGAGCAUCUCUCCUGCCGCAUUCCGCCCCCUUCGCCAGCUCCUCUUCCUCAAACUGGACGAGAACAAACUGCGCUCCGUCCCGCGGGGACUGCCCCCGUCCCUGCAGGAGCUGCGUCUGUCCGAGAACAAACUGGAGAAACUGCAAAACGGGGCUCUGAACCGGACCCCCAAACUCAGAGCUCUGGACCUCAGCCACAAUCACAUCCGCGAGGACCUCAUCGGCCCCAAAGUCUGGAAACCACUGAAGAAGCUGGAGGUGCUGGACCUGUCCCACAAUAAGCUGCUCCUGGCGCCCCCGCUGCUGCCCCCCACCCUGCGCCUGCUGUCCCUGCACCGCAACCAGAUCCAGCGCGUUCCCGCCAACGUCUUCGGCCACAUGAAGCCCGGCCUGGACGCCCUGAGCCUGUCCCACAACCACCUGCGGGACGACGGGGUGACGGCCUUCUCCUUCCUCGGCCUGUACCGCUCGCUCACCAAGCUGUACCUGGAUUCCAACCAGCUGCGCUCCCUCCCCCUCGGCCUGCCACGCUUCAAAGCCCUGGAGCUGCUGAGACUCGACAACAAUCUCAUCAGGUCCGUGCCUGAGAGCGGGUUGUGUGACUCGCGGGUCGGUGAGGAUUCUCCCCUGGAAGUUCUCCACCUGGAGCACAACCUGAUCGAUCGGCGCCUGAUCCCGCCCUCCGCGUUCUCCUGCCUGAGGUCCCCGGACAGCGUCCUGCUGGAACCGCAGGCCGCCGAGCAGCAGCGAGCGUAGACUCCGCCCCCUCUCAUUCCCACCCCGCGUCCACACUGCCCCUCCUCCUCAGCCCCACCCCUCCAGAAUCCUCACGCUUUCUCGUCCCAGGCCCCUCCCCUUGACUCUAACUCCACCCCCUCCUCACAGACUCCACCCCCCUCUACCUGCCUCUCUUGUGUUUUUUCCUGAAUCCUUUACCUCCCGCCUCCGCCCACCCCCUCGCUGUGGUGUUAGUGUCCAUCAGUACCCUGGUCUGUUCCCUUCUGCUGUUCUCCUGCUCGUCUCUCUCUGCUGAAAACUAGCUCCGCCAUUUUCCUCUGUUCAGGAGCCCGGGUGCGAUGAGGGAGGGUUUGGCUCCUGACCUGGCUACUCGACGCCGUUCCUUUUCUUCAGAGAGACAGUUAAUUCUGAGCACAGCGGGGCCUGCGUUUUGUGUUCAGGGCUUUUAGACAGCCUGACGAGGCAAGCUUGUAGAUGUCGGUACGUGUAAAACGUUCUGGACCCCUGAGCGCUGUGGUAGUUUACUCAGAGGCAUGUUUAUGUCUGCAUGCGCAUGUCUGUCACCAGGCAGACGCAAGAGCACUGCAGAUUAAACCUGUAUUUGAGACGUCUUGCAAUAAAAUGUAAACUCACUUUGACCAUAAUGGUCAAUUUACUGUCUGUAUCCUUUUUAGUGUAGGUGGCACUGACAGACGCUUACUGUAUCAUUACGUCUAUCCUGCUUCAUGUGCCGAAAAACACAAUCCAGUCCAGUGUAUACAGCGGGCACCUCGUGUAUAUGGAUGCAAAACAGUCCGGUUCUUUCAGAGGCUGAUAACUUUAAACUGUGAAUAACCCGUUUGAUUUUUUAGAAAUUGAACUUUGUUUCCUCCUCUGAAUGACCUGGAGUAGCAUUCGUUUAGGUUUGUGGCUUACCAACGAUCACUCUUUGUGAGAGAAAGUUAACAGUUUUACAGGAAUGACUGGUUAAAGACCAUAAGCAUGUUUGAGAGGAUGGCUUGGUUAUUGACCAUAAACAUGGUUUAUCCCUGUUUCAGACGAGAAUUGGGUGCCAGUUAGAACAGGGGGAUGUGUUUGGAAUCGGAAAGUUUAUUUAAGUGAAAUAAGAACAGAAGGUUGGACUCAUUAAUACAUUCUUUUUUAAAAUAAUAAAGAGCAUGAUGAAU